AUUUGUAAUUCCAAAGGUGAGAGUAGUGUGAUAUUAUUUUGCACAUGUAAAAUAUUGUUCAAUUAAUUUCGCUAAUCAUCAGUGGAAUCUAUCGUGCGUAUAUAGAAGUUAUAAUAAAAAGGAUUACAUAAACAAUCGGGUGAUUGAGUAAGGAUGACUUCGGUAGCGCUGUCCAAGGUUUCGGCGAAACUACUCUCCAGGAAACCGUUCUUGCAAACAGUGACCCAAUCCGUGCGCCAUUUGAAUCUAUUGGAGUACCAAAGCAAGAAGUUGCUGGCGGAGAGUGGAGUUGCCAUACAGGCGUUCCGGGUGCUCGAAGGCAAGAAAGAUGAAAGUGUUCUUAAAGAUUUCAACGUGAAUGAGUAUGUCAUCAAAGCACAGAUUCUGGCCGGCGGCCGGGGCAAAGGUCAUUUUGAUAACGGCUUUAAAGGAGGCGUCCAUAUCACUAAGGAUCGUUCGCAGGUGAUUCCACUGGUGGAGAAAAUGGUCGGCCAUCGGUUGAUCACUAAGCAAACCCCCAAGGAUGGCAUUCUGGUCAAGAAGGUCAUGGUGGCGGACAGUAUCAACAUCGUCCGCGAAACGUACGUCUCGAUUGUGAUGGACCGGGAGCACAACGGCCCUGUCCUUAUCGCGUCGCCCGCUGGCGGCAUGGAUAUCGAAGCGGUAGCCGAAGAAACGCCAGAAAAAAUCAAAACCGUUCCGGUGUCCAUUACGAAUGGAAUUACCUAUGCCCAAGCGGAAGAAGUGGCUCGCUUUCUUGAGUUUAAAGGCGAUCUAGUACAGAAAGCCGCUUCGGAAAUUGAGAAGUUGUACCAACUCUUUGUAAAAGUGGAUGCCACCCAAAUCGAAAUCAACCCCCUCGCAGAAACCGACGAUGGCCGCGUGAUAUCCGUUGACGCUAAACUGAACUUUGACGAUAAUGCUCAGUUCCGCCAGAAGGAUAUUUUCGCAAUGGACGUUCAGGAGGAUACCGACCCGAAGGAAAUCGAAGCCCACAAGUACAAUCUCAACUAUAUCGCCAUGGAGGGCAACAUCGGCUGCUUGGUGAACGGUGCCGGCUUGGCCAUGGCCACUAUGGAUAUCAUCAAACUGAACGGUGGAAGCCCCGCCAACUUCCUGGACGUCGGUGGCAAUGUAAAGGAGGACCAAGUGCUUAAGGCCUUCCAGAUCCUUACAUCGGACACGAAUGUGAAAGCCAUCCUGGUGAACGUAUUUGGGGGAAUAGUGAAUUGUGCCACCAUUGCCAACGGAAUCGUGAAUGCCACCAAACAAAUUGGAUUGAAAGUUCCGCUGGUUGUGAGGCUCGAGGGCACCAAUGUGAACGCCGCCAAAAAGAUUCUGCAGGAAUCCGGACUGAAGAUCGAAUCUGCGCACGAUCUCGAUGAAGCUGCCAAGAAAGCGGUGAAGGCACUGAAUUGAACAGAGCACUUUGGUGGGGCUUAAUACAGUGCCUAUGCCGUUCAUUCCCUUCUAGAUAGUAGGUAUGGUUGAUGAUAGGUGAUAAAUCUUAUUUUAUUGUGCAUUCUAGGGUUAUGGCUGGAGAAGAAAAUCGUUUUAUAUAAGAACAACAAAAACACCUCAAUGUCUUUGCAUUUUUAACGAAAA